UUUGUUUACGAAAGAGUUCAAAACAGUUCGAACGGGCACCCAUCAAACCGUCCGAAAAUUGCAGUGCAAAAAUCCCAAAAAUCUGAAUUUGAUUUCAUAGGAAUGUCCGGAAAUAAAUCCAAAGGCUGGUUCAAAUCGGCAUUCGAUUUCGAACCACCGACGUCGAAGACGCCAACGGUAAAGCGCAGUUCCUCAGUCACGAUGAACCACCAACGGCCGUCGCCAAAACCCUUCCCGACUGAACCUGCCAGCAAAAAGACCAAAUUGGAACGCAGCACCAGCACGGGACAAAAUGUUUCACCUCCUGCGGUGACGGAUCCGCACCAGAUUGAUUGGUCAGUGGAUUUGGCGCCGAAAUCUGUGGCCGAUUUGGCCGUUCACUUCAAGAAGAUCGAGGAAGUUCAGCAGUGGUUGAAGACGUACGAGCGGGUUAAGGGGACGGAUCCUGCGGCAAUUCUGCUGGUUUCCGGGCCGGCGGGUUGCGGCAAAGGUUCAACGAUCAAGACGGUCGCUGCGGAACUGGGGUACCAGGUAUCCGAAUGGACCACCCCGGUUGAUGUGGAUCUGUUCUAUUACGAUAAUUACGACUUCGACAAUGGGACACGGGAGGAAGUUACGUUCAAAGAGAGCCAAAAGGAGCAGUUCGAUGCGUUUCUGUACAAGACAUCCCGGUAUUGUUCGAUUUUCGAGGGCCACUCGGACCGGAAGCUGUUGCUGGUGAAGGACAUUCCAAAUGUGUUUCUGCGGGAUCCAGAAGUGCUGAAGAAGUCGCUGGAAGCUUAUCAGGACACAGGGGCGUCGCCGUUGAUUUUCAUUGCGACGGACACAUCCAGCCGGAAGUUGGACAUUGUGUACAAUCUGUUUCCGCCGGGGGUUUUGCAGGACUUUCGGAUUCAUCAUAUCACGUUCAACAGCGCUUCGACAACGCUGAUGAAGAAGGCGCUGAAACGGAUCACUUCGCUCAUGGUUGGACCGGAAAUGACACGGCAUUAUCGGGUGCCUUCGCAGGAACUGAUCGACAGCAUAAUCCUGUCUUCGCAGGGAGAUUUGCGCAGUGCGACGCUGAAUGUGCACUUUGCUUCGUUGAAGAAUGCUCCCCGGCUGGAAACGGAAAUGGUUUCCGGAGGAGGGGCGGUGUUGAACACCUCCGGGGUGCGAAGCACGAAGGGAAGGAAAAAGGAAACGAAGCUGAAGUCAGUUGGAGGGGAUGGGAGCAUCACUCUGAUGCAUGCGUUAGGUCGUGUGUUCAAUCCAAAAUUCGAAGAAUCGAAAAAGUUCCACCACUCGCCGGAGGAUCUGACCGAUGCCUUCGUGUCGCAACCGAGUGCGAUGAUAUCACUGAUCCACUCGAACUACGUCACCCGGUUUACCGACAUUGACGACAUCGUCGGGGCUGCGGACGUUCUGAGUUUGGCCGAUGUGAUCAUGAGCGAUGGCUUCCGGGAGGAUCAACUGACGGGGCAUGGGUUGAAUCUGAUCGUUCGAGGGAUGAUGGUGUAUAACAGGAAGACGGCGAGUGGGUGGCAGCAGAUCCGGAAGAAGAAGGCCUUCGAUAAACCGAGUGUCAGAAAUCAUGAGCAACAGUUGAUAAGGUUUGGUCUACAAACGUCUUCCAUUUCGUCGGGAUUGUUUGUUACGGACUACAAGAAAUACCUGGACAUUAUAAAGGACACAUCGAAGGUGUAAUUUUAUAUUUAGAAGGUAAAUGUUAAUUAAAAGAAUUAUUCGUUAAA